AUGAAUAUCAAGCCGAAGGUUGUUCUGAAUCAAGUGAGCAGUGCAUCUGAAAAGUGUGCAUCGCAAAUUCAUCUCCUACCCUGUCAUCUAGGCUAUACGGGUGGCGCAAACGUUCAAGCAUAUUUCCAACGAGAGAAAGUCGACGAAAAUGGUAAUGAAAUAUCAACAUUCCGAGGUCAUUUACUCAAUGGAUCAGUUCAAAAAUUACCCGAUGGAUAUAAGAUGUUCGUUGUGAAAGAACGUUUCAAUAAUAAAGGUGAGACGGAAUGCGAUUUCGAUCCAAUUCGUUAUCCAGUUGAUCAAUUUUUUAUCCAACACGAACCACAAGAGAUAAACACUUUAUUUAUAGGCGGUGAGCAGCAGGUAUUCGAUGCAGAGGCGUCGACGAGCGAUUUCAUGUUAUGGGAAUACGAUCGGAAGCCAUCCGAAAGGAAUCCACUGCCCAGAGCGAUUAAUUUCCUUAGAAUAGCAAAUGAUUUAGCUGUAGAUGAUGACUGA